GCCCUCCUCGGGGGGCACGUCGGGACAGUCGGGGGCGCGCGCGGAGCGCUCCGCCAACUUGUCGCACAUCGCCGGCGCCGGCAGGAAGAUCAUGAUGUACGUGAGGAACAGGCAUCUGCAGAUCCUGCCCGACGGCACCGUCAACGGCACCGAGCACGAGGGCAGCGACUAUGCCGUGCUCCAGAGGACGUCGGUCAACAAGGUGCAGGUCAAGAUGCAGGGCCUCGCCACCUGCCUGUUCCUCUGCAUGGACGCGUGUGGAAUGCUCUACGGCUCGAAGGAGCUGACGGACGACUGCGUCUUCAACGAGAUGCUGGAGCAGCACUACUACAACUCGUACUCGUCGGCCAAGUACAGCUCGACGGGGCCGCGCGGCAAGAGCCUGUACCUGGCGCUGGACCGGCGCGGCGCCCCUCGCCGCGUGCAGCUCAAGCGUGACGCGCCGCACGGCCGCCUGGCCGCCUACACGCGCGUGCUCACCAAGCCCGUGCCCGCGGAGCGCGUCGCCGACCUGCUCAGCCGGCUGCGGGGCGCGGCGGCCGCGGGGACCUCGGGGGCGGGGCCGCACUUCCGACACCGCGGCCACCACGCGGCGUGCCCCCCGCACGGCCACCCCGAGGCCACGCCCAGGCGGCCCAGCCUCCGCCGCUGCCCGCGGCCGCACGCGCAGCCCGGCCCCCGCAAGGGGCACGGCGCCGUGGUCACGCGGCGGCGGCCCGCCCCCAUGGCCCCCAUGGCCCCCACGGCCGCCCCCAAGCCGGCCGCCGCCGCCCCCCUGGCCGUCCCCAUGCACCCCGGCUUGCUGGUGGCGCCGCCCCCGCAGACGCCGGCAGCCGCGCGGCCGCAGGGUGCCCUCCCCCGGCGGAAGUGCGAGGCCACGGAAGACGAGGACCUGUGCCACAAACGCCUGCAGAUGAUUGCCGCCAAGAAGCGCAAGUCCAGGAACGAGAAGAAGCACCACCAAAAGCGGCUCAAGGUGGCCAAGAAGGCGGUCGUCACCACCACGACGCUCGCGCCGCGCACUGCCACGUCCCUGGUGCCCUUCUCCUCCACCACCCCGACGGCCGCCCUCGCCGUGCCCACCAGCACGACCACCCCGCGCCUCUCCGGCCCGUCCACCAGCCCCAGCACCCCCCGCCCGAAGCCAGACUCCGGCGAGAUGGUCCCCGAAGCGCACGCAGCGUCCACCGAGGCUUCCGAGGAGGAAGACGGCGAAGAAGACCAGGAAGAGCACGAUGACUCAGUUACCAUGACGACGGAGGCGGUGGCCACGACGGUAUCCUUGGAGGACGUGCUGGGCACCGCGGCGGCCCCCGGGCUCGCCGACGGCCCCUUCGCCUAGCUGGUGCUGAGCGUCGCGGCCCUGGCCUGGUGGCUGCCCCGUUGGCUACUCAGGUCCUGACGGCCUUGACGCUCGUCCCCGCCAAGCACCCUUGCAAGGGUUGGGGCCGCACGGCUCCGUCUAGUUCAGGACUUGCAUCCAUCCGUACUGAGUUAUAGGAUGCGGACGGACCAGCGCGUACCCCAGUCCCAGUCCCUCUUGAGAAGGAGCCACCCUUUGAGUCCUGGAGUCUAGGUCUGCACCACCCCUUCCCAACCAACAGUAUUACUGAAGGGGCCGCGGAGGUUUCUGCAAGCGGCCCUGUCGGUGUGACUAACCAAGUCACUGUGAGUGGUAGUAUUAUCAAUCCAUUAACCCACGCCGCUAGUCUGCACUCCUUUCAAUUAUUCAUUUUUCUAUGCUCAGAAUGUAAUAAGUAUUAAAUAGGACUGAGAGUGCCGUGACGUAAUGUGCUGAGAUGUGAUGAUUCCUUUACGAAGGACCGGUGAGCUCAAAUAGUCAUGUGAACCAAUUAACAUAAUGCCUUUACACUCCACAAUUGUGCCAUUAUUUGUAUAAGGACUUUUUCUGUAGAGUAUAUUGUACAGUUUUUCCUUCCUGUGUGAACUAAAUUUACAGGAUAUAAUAUAAUUGUAAGAGUAAUAUAUAAUAUAAUGUGAAGUAUAGUUUAAAGAAUAGAUGAAUUUUGCCUGAAAGUAUGCUUUUUGACUCAAUAAAAUUGUCUAUAUGUGA